AUGACUUGUGGAGCACAACCCCGCUUCGCUCCACCUUUGCUACAGUGGUACACACGUCAUAAAGGACUUAUCCUUAAGACCUCUUAUCUUAUUUUGCUCUUUAUGAGCUUCAAUACAUCACAGCCAACAAAGAGGAAACAGAUUGCCGCCGAAGAAGGUCAACAAGAGGUGGAGAAUGACAAGGUUUCCAGCGGGAAGAAGAGGUCAAAACGGGUUAGAGUGGAUCGAAACACGGUUAUACGUAUGUUUAAGGCAAUCAUACCUUCCUGGAAGUCGAGGGUGCCCUUAUACUUUGUCAUUCAGCUCUGUCUCUUGGUCACAAGGGCGCUUUUAACGUUGAGAGUUGCCGCUUUGGAUGGUUGGCUAGUUAGUGCUAUGAUCCGUAAGAAAACAGCCACGUUUAUGAAGUUGUUAUUACAGUGGAUGCUGAUUGGUAUUCCAGCUACUGUGACGAACGCCCUGUUGGACUUUGUUACCAACCAACUAUCCUUGAACAUCAACAAGAACUUGACUGCAAGCUUGAUGGAUUAUUACUUGCCUACAAAGGAUGUCAACGACGAUUCAAAACAAAAAAAGAAUCCAAACUAUUACAGUUUGAUUCAUAUGCCUUCAGAACACAAGGUUGAAGAUCCAAAUCAGAGAAUUACUACAGAUGUGACAAACCUAUCGUCAUCAUUGGCAUCUUUACCAAACCAUAUCUUGAAACCUUCCUUGGAUUUGAUCUUGUGUUCUUUUGAAUUGGCAAAGACUGGGUCUGCUGAGGGUACGUUACUCCUUGGUAUAAUUGCGCAUACAACCUCGUUAUUCUUGAAAUUUAUGUCUCCAAAUUUUACAAAGAUUGCCAUUGAAAGGUCUCGUCUGGAAGGCUUAUUGAGAACAUUGCAUUCAAGAGUUGUCCUCUUCAGUGAAGAAGUUGCAUUCCUAAGGGGCCAUCCAAGAGAGUUAGAUAUAUUGGACAAGUCUUAUUACGAAUUGGAAAAGUUUACAAGUUAUGAAUUACGUGCUAGGGCAAUAUACGACACCGCUACAGAUUUCAUCGUGAAGUAUACAUGGGGUGCUGCUGGUUUGGUGUUGUGCUCGAUCCCAAUAUUUGUUAACAAGUUUAACAACAUUGUUGAUGAAGCAAGUUCUGCGACCUUCAUCACAAAUCGUCGUUUGUUACUCUCCGCAUCGUCAUCAUUGGGAAUGUUGAUCCACUCACGUAAGGAUAUUCAACAAGUCAUUGGUUAUGUGGAUAGAAUCACUGAGUUUAAAACGGCAUUAGUUGAGGCAGAUACCACUGUUUCUCCAAAUUCCUUAGCAAGAGGAGUGAUAAAAUACGAUGACAAUGUAAUUGAAUUCAAUGAGGUUCCAUUGAUUACACCGGCAAACAUUGUCCUUGCACCUUCUCUCAGUCUGAGAAUUGAACAUGGUGAUCAUUUGUUAAUUGCUGGUCCAAAUGGAUGUGGUAAGUCUUCACUUUUCCGUAUCCUUGGUGGGUUAUGGCCCGUUAUUAGUGGUGAAUUGACAUUACCACAUUUUGAGAAUGUGUUUUAUUUACCACAGCGUGCAUAUCUUUCAAAAUCAUCCUUAAAGGAUGUCAUCAUUUACCCAUCGACAGAGUACAAGUAUAAAUCAAACAAGGAACUCGUUCAAAUCUUGGAGAUCCUUGAGCUGAAAUUUUUAUUGCACGAGAAUAUCGCAUUGGAAUUGGCUAAGGAUGAUACUCUAGAGGUUUCGCAAGUUGACCCUUUUGAGACAGUACGUAAUUGGCCUGAGGAACUUUCUGUUGGUGUUCAGCAACGUCUUGCCAUGGCACGCCUCUACUAUCAUAAACCAAAGUUUGCCGUUUUGGAUGAGUGCACAUCGGCUGUGUCUCCCCAGAUGGAGCAGUUGAUGUAUUCACAUGCACAAUCCUUGGGGAUUUCUUUACUCUCUGUCGCACAUCGUUCCUCCUUGUGGCAUUUCCAUAACUACAUCUUGAAAUUCCGCGGAGAUGGUACCUAUGCCUUCACCAGAUUAGAUGCCGAAAAGAGAUUACAGUGGGAGACUGAGUUGAUGUCUUUGAACAAGACUUUAAGAGACGUUCCUAUCUUGGAGGCGAAAUUGAAGGACUUACGUAUUGCACAAGAGAGUCAAGAGUUUAAGCGUACUCAAUCACAAAUGAGUAUGGGUAAGUUACGAACUAUUGGCACCACUGCAUGAGGCAGUCUACAACGAUGCAUCCGGCGCAUGACUUUAUGCAG